ACACACCUCCCAGCCGGCUACUCCGGGUGUCCAAUACAGCGGAAAAUCAAAGUACGAGCCUUCCCAGUGCACACACGCCCUGUGUGGUGCGCGGAGCACAGUGGAAUGAGAGACAGGUGGUCUAUCUCUCCUCAUACAGUCUAUUUAGUUGGUCACUUUUAAAUAUGCCUAAAAGUUGCAUAUCACGACCAUGCUGGAUUGUAUUUUUUAACAGAGAAUAAUGCGUACUUUCGAUUACAUCUGGCUGAGGUGACUUUUACGCAAGGCUAAACAAUGGAUCAGAGGCUCUCCAGACGUAGCUGGGUGCCGGUGACCGGGCUCGUAAUCUGUCUCCUUCUCUGUGCAUGCGUGGUGGACUUGGUGCUGGCUCAAAUUCGCUACUCCAUCCCCGAGGAGCUGGAGCACGGGGCUUUCGUGGGCAACAUCGCGGAGGACCUGGGCUUGGAUGUAUCCAAGUUGUCCGCACGUCGAUUUCGAAUCGUGUCCGGAGCCAAGAAGCAAUAUUUAGAAGUGAAUUUAGAGAAUGGCAUUUUGUUUGUUAACGAAAAAAUAGACAGAGAGGAGCUUUGCGAGCGCAGCCCUGGCUGUUUCUUACAUCUCCAAGUUGUCAUCGAAAACCCUUUAGAGCUGUACAGAGUCGAAGUCGAGAUUUUAGACGUGAAUGACAACUCCCCCGCUUUCCCUUGGAGCGAAUUUAACAUCGACGUUACGGAGUCGGCUGCGCCCGGCUCCUGCUUCCCGUUAGAGAGCGCGCAAGACUUGGACGUGGGCACUCAUUCUUUGCGCUCCUACCAGCUGGGCGCAAACGAACACUUCAUUCUCAACAUCCAGACGCGCAACGACGGGAGCAAGUUUGCGGAGCUGGUGCUGGACAAGCCUUUAGACCGGGAGCGGCAGAAAAAGCACGCGAUGAUUUUGACGGCCUUUGACGGGGGGUCGCCGGAACGCUCCGGAACCGCUUUAAUCACCAUCACGGUGCUGGACGCGAACGACAACGUGCCCGUGUUCGAUCGAUCUGUGUACCGGGCCAGACUGGUGGAAAACGCGCCCAGGGGGACGCUGGUGCUCAAGCUGAACGCCACCGACUUGGACGAGGGCUCCAACGGGGAGGUGACCUACGCCUUCAGCGGACACGCGCCUCUCAGAGUGCGCGAGUUGUUCAGCGUGGAUCCGUACACGGGCGAGGUCCGCGUAAAAGGCGUCGUGGACUACGAGAAAGCCAACGUGUACGAGCUGUACGUGCAAGCGAGGGACAGGGGACCCUCGGCCGUGGCCGUGCACGGCAAAUUGCUGGUCGACAUCGUGGACGUGAACGACAACAGCCCCGAAGUCAUUCUCACGUCCGUGUCCACGCCAGUCCAGGAAGACGCGUCGCCGGGGACCGUUCUCGCCGUUAUCAGCGUCAUGGACCGGGACUCGGGUGAGAACGGCAACGUGGACUGUCAAAUCCCCAACAACGUGCCCUUUCAGCUGCACUCCUCUUUUAAAAACUACUACACGCUGGUGACGAGUGAGCUUUUGGACAGAGAGGCCGUGUCCGAGUACAACGUCACAGUGACGGCGCGCGAUUUGGGCUCCCCGCCGCUUUCCACCCGGAAAACCAUCGCGGUGCAAGUGUCUGACAUCAACGACAACCCCCCGCGCUUUUCACAGCCGUCAUAUACUGUCUACGUAACCGAGAAUAACGCCCCGGGCGCUUCCAUUUGCACCGUGACUGCCUUCGACCCGGAUUCUAACCAGAACGCCUAUCUGUCUUAUUCUAUUCUCGAGGGUCAAAUUCAGGGCAUGCCCGUGUCCACGUACGUGUCCAUUAACUCGGACAACGGCAACGUUUACGCACUGCGCUCCUUUGAUUACGAGCAGCUUAGAAACUUUCAGAUUCUCGUGCAAGCUCAGGACGCGGGUUUCCCACCGCUGGCCAACAACGUGACAGUGAACGUGUUUGUUUUGGACCAAAACGACAAUGCUCCGAUCAUCGUGUCCCCGCUGCCGAAGAACGGCACCGUCGCCACGGAGGUGGUGCCCCGCUCUGUGGAUGCCGGUUAUCUUGUGGCCAAAGUGACGGCGCUGGACGCGGACGCGGGGCAAAAUUCGCGGCUGUCUUAUCAGGUGAUGCAGGCGACCGAUCCCGGGCUGUUCAGCGUGGCGCUGUACACGGGUGAAAUUAGGAGCAUUCGCCGACUGCUGGAGAAAGACGCGUCCAGACACAGACUGGUUAUCCUGGUGAAGGACAACGGGCAGCCUCCUCUCUCCGCCACCGUCUCCGUUGUCCUCACGGUGGUGGACAGCGUGCCCGAGUCCUUAUCCGACUACGGCGACCUCACGCUCAGCCGGCAGCCCCCCUCUAACCUCGCGCUCUACUUAAUCGUGUCACUCAGCACCAUAUCUUUCAUCUUCCUCGUGGCCAUCAUCGUCUUGGCCGCGGUCAAGUGCUACAAGGACCGGGAGACCCCGAGUGGCUACAAUCUGCCCCCCUUCGCGUGCUGCUGCUGCGGCGGCUUCCAGCCCGAGCCUCCCCCGGAGAUAUUCAAGAAAUCCAACCUCAACCUGCAGAUUUCCUCCGCGGCUAACAAGGUGCCCACCAACUGCACGGAGGUGAACGGAAGCAGCAGCCUGACUCAGCCUUAUUGCUAUAAAGUGUGUUUGACCCCGGAGUCGUCCAAAAGUGACUUCAUGUUUUUGAAGCCGUGCAGCUCCGCCGGCACGCCGCGGAACAACGAAGCAAAGAGCGCGGAGCAGCACUCGUGGAGCGCGUCUGUGAACUACGGAGCGACUACCCCCAACGAGGUAGAUGUAUGCAGACGCACAGUAGAGCUGAAGCAGCCAAACACAGAUUGGACUCUCACUAAGAAUCAGAAUUCUUCCAUCAAAAGUUAUAAUUCCAUCAACAUGGAUGGAACACUGAUGCGUAAGGCCAUGCAUGCGGACCCGGAAAACUUCGUCACCUCCAUGGCACCUGGACAGUACUGGACGUGGGGCACUCACAUGAGAGGCACUAAGGGUAUGACAAGCCAAACUGAAUACUAUAAAAUGUCUACAUCGCCCAGUGGCGUUACCUCCCGGCCCUGGACUCCUCGCUGCACUCCUCCACCCCAGCAGCAGCAACCUUCUAACCCCCCACACCAUCACCCUCACCCACACCCGCACCCGCCACCAGACUACCAUCACAAUGUGUACAUUCCCGGAACGCCAUCAGGCUUCUGCACCCUGAGGCCUGUGGCACAGCGCAGCGACUUGGACGCCCAUAACUCCUUCUCCACCUUUGGCAAGAAGCGACGCCUCCAGAUGUCCCCUCAGGGGGAGGCUGCCAUGAUCAAUAACGACCUGUACAAUGACUGACAUCCCACUGACUGACUGAGUGGACAAUUUGAGUGAUUGAUCACCUGAGAUGAGAUGAGGAUCAUUUGUUUCAUAAAUUAAUAAACAGUCGGCUUGUGAGUGGCUUAAUAUGUGAGCUGAAUGAGAGGUCAGGACAAGGUGAAAGAAUGACGCUGGUGGGAAGCAGAUGUUUGUGGUUAUUUAUGUGACAAAAUGUCAUCAAUGUGUUUUUUUUUAUUCCAGUUAUUAUUAUUGCUAUUCAUUUUUAGACAAUCAAACAGGAGGUGUGGCUGUGACUUCCAAAACAUAUGAUAAGCAUCAGUAGGUAAUUCUUUUUCACAUCUUUAUGUAUGAAAUCAGAUUGUUGAGUUGUAAGAAUAUAGAAAAUGUUUUUUGGUACGCUCUUCUGCUAACAUGUGAAAAACAUCAUGCUGUACUGUACACGCAGGUCACAACAGGAGGCACAAAAAGAUGGGGAACACUCCUCACACAUGUAUUGGAAAUACAUUAAUGGAAAUAAAGUAUUUUUUGCAUUACA